AUGAUUGCAUCAGAACUACGAUAUGAUAUGGUUGCGGAAGCGGCAAGUCUACAGUUGAGGAUCGCACAACUCAAUUCAGAUCAGUUGGAAUUCUUUAAUACUAUUACACACAGUAUUGAAGAAGCUGCGUCCGCCCUAUUCUUCAUUCAAGGGCCUGCAGGUACUGGAAAAACGUUCCUAUACAACGUUAUCUGUAACCAUUUCCACUCCCAGGGUAAGAUUGUGCUUUGUGUUGCCUCUUCUGGCAUUGCGGCACAGUUGCUCCCUGGAGGCAGAACAUCUCAUUCCAGAUUCAAAAUUCCGAUUGCUAUCCAUGAGGGCUCAACAUGUGACAUCAAACGGGGCAGCCUGUUGGCCGGUUUAAUUCAAAAGACCGCGCUGAUCAUCUGGGACGAGGUACCUAUGCAGAACAAGUAUUGCUUUGAAGCGGUCAGCCGGACCCUGAAUGAUAUAUGUAGUGUGGGGGAUGAUUGCCUGUUCGGAAAUAUUCCGAUCGUACUCGGAGGGGAUUUUGCACAGAUUUUACCAGUUGUGCAACGCGGUAAUAGGGCUCAGAUAGUGCAGGCAUGCCUACAACGGUCUUCUUUAUGGCAGCACUUCAAGAUAUUGAGACUCAAGAUCAAUAUGAGGGUCCGCAAUGGCGUUGAGAAUGAGGCGUUUGCGGCUUGGCUUGGGCAGAUGAGCCAUGAUUCCCGAUGGUAUGGUAGAAUAACUCUACCACCAUACAUCCAGAGCUGUAAGACAAUUGAGGACCUUUGUAUGCAUGUAUUCCCACAGCAUAUAAUUGAAUCAGCCCCAACAAAUUACACCGCAUUCUCGAAGCGGGUGAUUCUGGCGAUGAGAAACGACACAGUCGCUGAGUUUAAUGAUAGAGUUCUACAGCAAAUUCAAGGCGAAGUGCACACGUACUAUUCGGUAGACACUGUUGACAGUGGUAAUUCAGAAGAGAAUGCAAAUCUGCUACCUUCAGAAUAUCUGCAGGGUCUCAAUCCGUCUGGCCUCCCACCGUCUAUCAUUAAACUAAAGGUGGGAGUACCAAUAAUUCUUCUACGCAAUCUAUUUCCAAAGCAAGGUCUCUGCAAUGGAACACGAAUGACGGUAACUAAGCUGGGUGUACGGUGCAUUGAAGCCAAGAUUCUGGGUGGUGAGUUUGAUGGGGAGCCAAAGAUUAUACCACGUAUACAACUUUCGUCCACUGAGGGAGAUCUACCUUUCACAUUAAUGAGAAGGCAGUUGCCUAUUCGGCUAUGCUUUGCGAUGACUGUCAAUAAAUCGCAGGGUCAAUCACUGGAUGUCGUUGGGGUUGACUUGAGGUCUGAUCUCUUCACUCACGGGCAGCUCUAUGUAGCGCUCUCGAGAGUCACAGAUGUAGCUGGCUUGAUGGUGCUGCAACGAGAUGAGACGCCGCCGCAAACGGACAACAUUGGUAGAAAGGACUUACGUUGGAGUCGGGGGGAGGACUUGAGGGUUUUCGGUAAGGAAGGGAAAGAGGGGUCGGUUACGGUAUUGGAUGUAGGAUGGGGGGAAUGCAAGAAGUCGGGAGACUGGGUAUCGAAUGCUAGAAUGACUUACGGAAGUGGUGGGAAGGAUCCAGGCAUGGAGGAAAUAGGAGAGAAUGAUAGAGUUGGAUACGGGAUGAUGGGGGAAAUUGCAUAG